AUGGACAAGACCGGAAUCCUCUACGCUGUCAUGCUCGAUACAAAGGGCCCUGAGAUCCGGACUGGGUUUUUGAAAGAUGGCAAACCUAUCCAUCUACAAAAGGGCCAAGAAAUCACUCUCACUACAGAUUACAGCAUAAAGGGUGAUGAAAACAUGAUAUCAAUGAGCUACAAAAAGCUAGCAGAGGAUUUGAAGCCAAACAGUGCCAUUUUAUGUGCUGACGGGACUAUUACACUUACGGUGCUUGCUUCCGACAACGAGUCAGGACUAGUUCGCUGCCGUUACGAGAAUUCUGCAGUCCUUGGUGAGAGGAAAAAUGUCAAUCUUCCCGGUGUUAUCGUCGAUCUUCCAACUCUAAUAGAGAAGGACAAGGAGGAUAUCCUGAAAUGGGGCAUCCCAAACAAAAUUGACAUGAUUGUCCUGUCCUUUUGA